CUAAGAUCAGCUUUAGUUCAAUUAAUAUUACUACUUAGCAAAAUGUGAUACAAUUUGGGAAACUAGUAAUAUCAUAAUUGAAAUAAAGCGGAUCGUUGGUGGUGACCCUUAGGGGCACUAAUCCACACCUGUAACAAACAUAGUGCAGAUUGUAAGGUUUUAGUUGGCUCCAUGUUUAACCAUUUCUCGAUGACUGUUGCACUGAUAUGUUUCCCAUGGGUUUCUUGCGUUUUUAUAUGCAACGAAUAUUUAUGAUAUGAUGACUCGUAAUAUCUACAGAAAUAUAUUUCUUUAAAUGGAAAGGGUUACAUAUUUUGAAAGUAAUUUUCAUGAUGAUCUUUUCAAAAUUACUUUAUGGUCAAAGCUAAAACUAUUUGAUCAUUAACAAUGUUGAAUGAACUUUUAUUUGGAACCAGAGAUAGUAGUUUUGUGAACUCGAUUGCUUGGGGAUCUUAUUGGACUAGAAGAUUCCAUUUUGUUUAUUUUCGAAGAUUAAGUUAACUUCCUAGAGUUCUCUUUUGUGCUGAUAACUUUUGUAUUGUUUAUAAGCUAUGUGAGUCUAAGAGAGAAUUUUGUGAAGCUUGUGGACAAACAGUGCAUGUAUGCCUUUUGGAUUUUUCUCUCUUUCUGUGUCUAAUUUAUUUUGGAGGUUGGUUCUGUCUGAGUUGGAAGCAUGUAGACAAUUGGAUUCAGAGUAAUACAUUUGCAAGCAUAGGGACAAUCAGAAUUUUGCCAUUGGAAUAAUAUGCAAUCUGAAAUUUGCCAGUGGUGUGUCACUGAGCCUGCCUCAGUCACCGAGUGUCAAAUUUCAAAUUCAAGACAUAUGCAAUGGCAUGAUGAGAAUUUAUCCUUUUUUGAAUCAUAGUUCAUAUCCGGGAAAGGUGUUUUGGGCUGUCUAAAACAGCUUGCCUGGAUUGUCGCUUAGCUUGUUUAUAGUGUGAUCCUGUAUUCCUGUUGUUAUUUCUACAUGUUUUAUGCAGUGGCAAUUGGCUCCAGUGGUUGAAUUUGUCUAUUAUAUUUGUUUACCAGUUUCUGCCUUUUAUUUUCACCCUUUUGAUCCAUCUUGUGUUCAGUAAAAAGAGCUGAAGUCAUUUCUGGUCAAAGAAGUUGAAUAUAUAUGCAAGCUACUGGCUUAUCUGUUGAUUUAGUAGGUAUUUUGGCAAUGUUGUUGUCAAGUAUUUUUCAGGUAAGUGGUAUGCUGUUUUGUGUAAGUACUCCCUUGGUGAAGUUUCAAAACUUCUGGGCUUCAGCUUGUUCUCCAUCCACUUGAUCCUUUCAGCUUAAGUCUUCCCUACUGAAUACUGAUCUUUUUUUUUUCAUUUUGAACUGUUACAGUUAAGGAAAAGUGCUCCCUUUGUGUACAACCUCAUAUACUGACUUGUGUGCUUGUUUUGUUUACCGUAUGUCUCUCUUGUUUUAGCUAUGCUGCAAGUUUUGAUUGUUACUUUGAUUUUGUUAUUUUGUGAGAAGUUGGAUUUGUUAUCCCUUUGACCCUUUUGAUCCUUGCAUACAUUUUUAUAGCUGGCUGGCAUUUGAUAUGGAUUGACUUAUAUCUGGCGUUUUGUUGCAGGUAGUUGAUUUCUAGUUGGGAACUAAUCCUGUCACGCUAAUGGAGAUAAAUGAAGUACGUGACCAAGAUUUGCUGGUUGACUUGGAGAAAGGCAACUGCUUGCCACCCAGGGAGGACAAUAAUGGGAUGAAGAUUAAUUCAAUGGCUGGACAUGCAAAGACAAUGCUGCAUGGCUCAUGGGAUGAUCUUGUAGCACUGAAGGAGGAUAAGAGUCACCACAUAUCUGGCUGCUCUUCACACUGUCGAGAUUCAAUUGUUAAAAGUGGAGAGUCUAUGACAUCUGAAGGGGAGAUUAAGGUUGGGCUUUUGGAUAAAUCAGCUGGCGAUAAGGAAAAGAAAAAAUGGUCCAAGAAGCCACCACGACCUCCAAGACCACCAACUGCUUCACCAUUAGAUCCAGCUGAUCAGAAGCUCAUUAGUGAACUAUCUGAGCUUGCGGUGUUAAAGAGGGCUAGGAUUGAGCGUAUGAAGGCGUUGAAGAAGAUGAAGAAUUCCAAACCAGCAUCUUCCAUCGGGAACCUGGUAGCUUUGAUUAUUACCGUUAUCUUCUGCUUCUUCAUCCUUUGGCAAGGGGUUUUCUCAAGGCAUGGGGCGAGCAUAAGCUUCCACAGGCCAUUUGUAUCAUCAGCUGGAACACGUGGUGGUCUUAUCUCCAUUCAGUUUUACAAGAAGAAUGUCACAGUUAUCAGCACCCACAUUUCCUCUGCAGCUCUAAAGUGCGACAUCCCUUUCUAUGUGAUCUUGCAUGCUAUAUUGCUCACAGUAAUACCAUGUUGUAAAUUAUCACGAGUUGAUAUGAUGGUUUAAGCACUGCUUUUGUAAGAUUGUAUACAAAGGGUGUGAUUUUAGUGGAGAGAAUUAGGAAGAGAUGUAUCGCUUCUUUAGUGAUGACAUAGUGUGCUUGGAUGAAUUUAAAGGAACUAGUUCGUUCGUCGCAUCGUCUUCGCAGUUGUGUGAACCUAGCUGUCUCACAAUUGUCUAUUGUAAGACCAUCAAUCAAAAUUGGUGGCCAAACUUUGAAUUUGUAGUAUAUUCUCAGAGAGCUAUGGCUAUCAUGCGACACCUAAGCCAUUUCA